AUGAACAACGACCAGUUCCGCCGCCUCGUCUCCGACACCCCCCGACGACAAGAUGGCGCAACGAGCACUCCCCAGCCCGGCGCAACUCCCGGCGGCCUGCUGGGCUCCCGGGCUCGCUCUAGCAUACCGAUGACACCGCGCACAGUUAAAGGCUCCUCCGGCAUCGACUUCGCCCGCCAGCUCGCCGACCGCAACGCCGCCUCUCAACCAGCCAAGAAAUUCAAAUCCUCCGCGGCGCCGAAAGGCACGAAACUAGCCUCUGGAUACCGGGAUCGCACGCUCGAGCGUAUCGAGGAUGACGAGGACGACAAGGCAAAGCGCGUCAAGGCGCUCGAGGAGAGCAUGAAGCUGGGCCAGAUUGAUAGGGCGACGUUUGAGGCGCUCAGGGAUCAGAUCACGGGCGGGGAUGUGGGCGCGACGCAUUUGGUCAAGGGGCUGGAUUGGAAGCUGUUGGAGAGGGUGAGGAGGGGGGAGGAUGUGCUUGGUGGUGGGGGGCCAGAAGCGAAAGGGAAGGAGGAAGGGCCGGAUGUGGAUGAGGAGUUUGAGAAACUGGAGGAGCGGGAGAUCGCGCCUGUGGUGAAGGAUAAGGCGGAAAAGAAGGGCGAGAUGGCACCUCCGCCGCCUGUAGCUGGUAUCAAGAGGAGCAGGGACGCGAUUCUGGCCGAGCUUAAGGCGCAGCGGAAAGCCACUGCUGAGGCGAAGAUGGCGGCGCAACCGCAGCUGGGAGCGAAGUUCCGACGGGUCGGAGAGAAGAGGGAGACUUCAAGGAUUGAGCGGGACGAAAAGGGCAGGGAAGUGCUGAUCACGGUAGACGCGGAGGGCAAUGUCAAGAGGAAGAUUCGGAAAGCAAAGACGGAAGACCCGCAAGUCCCGACAGGUCUGCUGAUGCCGGACAAAGAUGCUGUACCGCUGGGUAUGGAGGUGCCAGAGAUACCUGUGGCGCCUGUACAGGACGAAGAUGACGAUAUUUUCGAGGGUGUCGGUACAGCUUACGAUCCGCUGGCCGGCUUCGACGAAGAUGACUCCGCAUCAGAAGCCGAAGACGGCGAGGUUGACGCGCCUCCGGAGGACGAACCUCCACCACAACCGUCCAAAAAGGAAGAAGCAUUUCCAUCUCCAUCAGAGUCUCCGUUCGCCUCUCCGCCUACAGACAUGCCUCCCCCACCCAUCCCCUCCAAACCCACCGCAGCUCCUCGCAACUACUUCGGCACCACCACGCCGUCCACCACCGAAGAAACCAAAUACGACGUCUCAAAAGACCUGACCAUUCUCGCAGCCCUCCAAAAAGCGCGCAAAAUCGACACCGCCUCCUUCUCCACCGGCUCCGCCACUACCUCCCACGAAGAAACCGACGAAGAGCGCGAAGCCCGGCUCAAACGCCGUGCAGCCAUGCUGGCGUCCUCGGACCGCGAUCUCGAAGACAUGGAUCUGGGCUUCGGAUCGUCAAGGUUUGGAGACGCCGAGGACGCGGAGGAUGGUGGGAAGAUCAAGCUGUCGAAAUGGAAGGGGGCUGGUGCGGAUGAUGACGAUGAGGAUGGGGAGGGAGGGGAACGGGGCGGGAAGAAGAGAAAGCGGGGGGCGAAGAAGAGGAAGGGGGAUAAGAAUUCGGCUGCGGAUGUGAUGAAAGUGAUUGAGAGCAGGAAGGAGGGAAGAUAG